UUGUCAAAAUUAUAUUUUGAACUUGUUCAGUCAUUAUUCAACCUCAGAAGAAAUAAACCAGAUUACAAAAUUUCUUUUUAUUAGAAAUAUAUAUUUUCAGAGCAUCAUGUCCGAUAUAAAUGAACUUUCGGACAAGGAGAAGGAGUUGCAGGAGUUUUUCCUGAUCGAAAAGCAAAAGGCGCAGAUAAAUGCACAGAUUCAUGAAUUCAAUGAGAUCUGUUGGGAGAAAUGCAUUGGCAGACCGGGCACUAAACUGGAUCACAGCACAGAGACAUGUCUUAGCAAUUGUGUGGAUCGUUUUAUCGACACUUCACUGUUGAUAGCCCGUCGUUUCGCUCAAAUGUUGCAAAAACAAGCAUCUCGAGAUAUGUAAGAGGCGUAGUGGAAGGAGAACGAGUAGGGGGAGGAGGAGGAGGACCAGUGUGCAAGGAAAAUCAAAUGAAUUUAUACCGAAAGCAGACGACAUUUUAAAAUUAUCCUGUAUGCAUCCUUUAUAUGAGCUCACUUGUUUAACAUUGGAAUCAUUUAAACUAUAAUUAAAUAUCAAUUUGAUUCGUUGAAAGGA